UACAGGUCAAACUUAAUUGACAAUGGGCCAUUUACUGGGUGAAAUGCGUCGAUGACAAAACGAAAAGGCGAUAUCAACACUUCGGAGAUUGUUAACAGACAGGGGAUCUGCUUUGGGAAGGACUUUCUCCACAACGACGCAAACUUUGACCAUGGUGCUGAAACAGCAGCCUCGGCUGCUGCUGAAGCGCUUCCGUCUGAACCAAUCACAGAGGCGCUUUGACCCCGCUGCUUUAAUCCAGGACAGGGCUAGUAGGUGUGCAGCAGCACUAGUAUCGACCAUUUCCCCGGUUCUGUGGAGUCUGACAGCUGGCAGCACCUCAGUUCUCACCGCUACAUCUCCGCCUAACUCUGAGCGGCAGCCACUAAGAUGGAGAAGAGCUCCAGGACUGAAGGUUACGGUUUUCUCUGCCCUGAGAAACAUCUCCGUACGAGAACUGAAUACCUCCUCCAGGGUCUUCCAAUACGAUCUGAAACCAGACAUACCAAAAGCCGAAGGCCGCAAGCUGUUUUUUGACACUCACGCAGUUGUGCGACUCCUUGAGGAAAAUGGAUUCAGCACUCAGCAAGCUGAAGUGUUGGUUAAAGUGCUGAUGGGGACGACAAACUCUAACAUGGAUUUGGUUUAUACUGACAUGGUGACUAAAGUGCAACAGGAAAUCAUGUUGCAGCAAGUAAUGUCUAAAAUAGCAGUUGUAAAAAAGGACAUGAUUAUCCUUGAGAAGAGCGAGUUCUCCACUCUUCUCACAGAAAAUGAGAAACUCAAGAUCCAGUUAUUACAGCUCAAAGUCCAACUGGCUGAUGUGAUGAACAAAGUACGCUCGAAUAAUAUUUUGGACCUGAAUUUGGAGAAAAGCCGCGCAAAAGAGCUGAAAGCACAACAUGAGAAGAAGCUUCUGGAAACAAGAACUGAAAUUCUGGAAAUGACAGCAGAGCAGGAUCGCCAUCUAACCCAAAUAAACAUGAAAAUAGACACUGAAGUAGCUGGUCUGAAAACCAUGCUGGAGUCUCAUAAACUGGAUACCAUCAAAUAUCUUGCUGGUACGAAAUGGUUCGAUGUUCACCUGUCUCACUGUGGUUUUGGGUUUUUGUCGUCUUUGGAUGUGAGAGAAAGUUGACAAAAACUGUCGACUCCAACGAUGCAGUCGACAGUGAAGCCAAGGAACGUACCAGCUAAAGAGCAGCUGUUUCAUGACGAAUCUCAAUUAUGUUGUUUUAUUCCCGUUAUUAUUUGUGUUUACGGACAAUCCAAACACUUCUGAUGUUUAAAAAAAAAGAAGAAGUUAUUUUUCCACUUUUUCUUUCAUUAAUACUUUGCAUUUUCUCUACCAGUUAAAACCAGUUGUGUGUUACUACAAUGGUUCUAAGUUUCUCUGAAGGUGAUAGAUGCAUUUAAUAACACUUAUUUCCUACCAGUAUUUAUUCAUAAUGACGGCUUGUUUCCUCUGCAAACUCAAGAUGUCAAAGAACUCAAGUGAUGUUGUGAUGCACUGAAAGUUGUUCUGGUAAAAAAACAAAAAAUGUCCAUGUACCUGUAAUUGAAUAUUGAUGAACUCUUAGUAACAUAAUUAUUUUUGUUUUAGUAAAUCUCAUCUGGUCGUCAGUAAAACCUUUUGACGAAAAUAAAUGUAUUGUAGGUGCAUAUUAGUUAUUCUGCUGGUAGCAAUUUUAUUUUUAUUUAAUUUUUUUUUAACAUAUUUUCAACAAAGCCAAUUCAGUACUGGCAUCUCUUUUAGUCGAAGCAUUUUUAAAAUGUAAGCAUAUUUUUGUACCCUGUAAAUGUUUUUAUGCAUAUCACGCUGUACAUGUUUAUUACUAAAGUCUGUUGAAUUAAUUUUCAGAUUGUUUAAUUGAAAUAAAGUUGUAUUUGGCCAACCUUA